CUUUAAAUAUCCCUGUCGCUAAGAGACAUCAUCACUUCACCUGUGUGAGACCAAGGGGACCCGCUAAUUACACUAGACAUGAAAGGUUUCUACGCGGUGGCAGUUGCGGCGUUCUUGGUGGUGUUCUCUACAGAAACGGUCUGGGGCCAUCAACAGUUCGAUCUCCCAGUUUGCCCAUCAGAAGACAAUGGCGAAGUAAUACUAUUCCCUAAGCCAGAAAACUGCAGCGAAUUCUACCAAUGUGCUGAUGGUUAUCUCUUCACACAUCACUGCCCCGAAAAUCUUUAUUACUGUCCGGAGAAGGAAUACUGUGCUUGGUUCUUUGAGCAAAACUGUACUUUCAACUGCCAAAUGGUGAAAAAGAAACAUGCACUUGAUGAAGAUACGCCUGUACCAGCCGCUGCACCUGUGUGUCCUCCACAGAUUGAUGGAAACCUCACUCUGAUAUCAAACCCAGACAACUGCAGUUCAUACUACGAAUGUGACAAUGGCGUUCCGGUUGAAAUGGGCUGCCCCGAUUCACUGUAUUUCUGUACUGAAAAAUCGACUUGCGCUUGGAUAUGGGAGCCUAACUGUACCUUCAACUGUAAGAUCCUGAAUAUAGAGCCUGCAUCUGUUGAUGUUAGAGCUAUUGAAACCGCUGUACCAGUGUGUCCUCCACAGGUUGAUGGAAACCUCACUCUGCUAUCAAACCCAGACAACUGCAGUUCAUACUACGAAUGUGACAAUGGCGUUCCGGUUGAAAUGGGCUGCCCCGGUUCACUGUAUUUCUGUACUGAAAAAUCGACUUGCGCUUGGAUAUGGGAGCCUAACUGUACCUUCAACUGUCAGAUCCUGAAUAUAGAGCCUGCAUCUGUUGAUGUUAGAGCUAUUGAAACCGCUGUACCAGUGUGUCCUCCACAGGUUGAUGGAAACCUCACUCUGCUAUCAAACCCAGACAACUGCAGUUCAUACUACGAAUGUGACAAUGGCGUUCCGGUUGAAAUGGGCUGCCCCGGUUCACUGUAUUUCUGUACUGAAAAAUCGACUUGCGCUUGGAUAUGGGAGCCUAACUGUACCUUCAACUGUCAGAUCCUGAAUAUAGAGCCUGCAUCUGUUGAUGUUAGAGCUAUUGAAACCGCUGUACCAGUGUGUCCUCCACAGGUUGAUGGAAACCUCACUCUGCUAUCAAACCCAGACAACUGCAGUUCAUACUACGAAUGUGACAAUGGCGUUCCGGUUGAAAUGGGCUGCCCCGGUUCACUGUAUUUCUGUACUGAAAAAUCGACUUGCGCUUGGAUAUGGGAGCCUAACUGUACCUUCAACUGUCAGAUCCUGAAUAUAGAGCCUGCAUCUGUUGAUGUUAGAGCUAUUGAAACCGCUGUACCAGUGUGUCCUCCACAGGUUGAUGGAAACCUCACUCUGCUAUCAAACCCAGACAACUGCAGUUCAUAUUACGAAUGUGACAAUGGCGUUCCGGUUGAAAUGGGCUGUCCCGGUUCACUGUAUUUCUGUACUGAAAAAUCAACUUGCACUUGGAUAUGGGAGCCAAAUUGUACAUUUAAUUGCCAAAUCUUGAACAGAGAGACCUCAUUUGUAGAAGAUUACGAUAAUGAUGAUACAGUGCCUCUUAAAAACCACAAAAUUGAAGUACCCGAAAAAAAGAGACGUGAAUCAGUUCAGAAAGCUUUUGAUUAAGAACUGAGAGCCUAACUGCUUUAAUUAGGUAAAACUAUGAUACUCAGACAGUAAUUACUGAAUGUACGAUUAUUCACACGCCUUCCGUUUGAAGUUACAUUCCUUCGGCAUUUUGUAGGCUGUCGUUAAUUAUAACGGAAGGC